CUUUUACUUGGCCGCAAGUCUAAAAAAAAAAAUAAAUAAAAAUAAAAAUCAUUAGUUACAAACAUAAAUGAAACAAGAGGGUGAAAAAAACAGAAACAAGAGACAUUUUAUAUAAAUAUUUGUUUCUCUCUCUAGGUUUUGAUACCCCUUGAAUAAUUUUCGUUUCGCGCGUAGUUUGGGAGAGCAGGCGUUGGUUAACUUGGUUCACUAUCAGAGAAGAAGAUGGCACUGAAAGCACCAAUUACAGGGUUAGGCAUGGCUUCAACACCCUCUGCUCCAUUACAGGUCCCCUCUUCUAACAGGCUCGUCAUCCUCAGGGCACAACCUCUCAGAACAUGUUUCUUUGGUAAUGGAGUUCAAAAAGUCGCAGGAAUUCAAUUAGCUCAUUUCAAUAGAACCAAAUGCAAUUAUCAUGGUUGGGGUGCUCUUGGUACUCGGAUGAACCAAUUUGAUCGAUUUUCUAGAAUUAUCAAGUCAUAUGCAAAUGCAAUUAUAAUCUCAUUUAAAGAUCCAGAGAAGAUCUUAGAACAGUCCGUGCUGGAAAUGAAUGAUGAUUUAACAAAGAUGCGUCAAGCUACAGCAAGAGUUCUCGCAUCACAAAAGCAGUUGGAAAACAAAUAUAAAGCUGCACAGCAAGCUUCUGAAGAUUGGUACCGAAAAGCACAACUUGCCCUUGGGAAGGGGGAGGAGGAUCUUGCCUGUGAAGCACUUAAACGGCGUAAAUCUUUUGUAAAUGUUUUGUGGUAAGUAUGUAUAAAGGUU